GCUUUCUGAUUGGCCGCUCCGAACAGUGAGGCGUUUCUUUCCUCCGCUGGAGCUGAACGGCUGAAAACUUCCCACGGAGACGAGCUGGAGACGAUCUGCACUUCACUUUCGACUCGUUUAAGGAGAUUUUAAGCCUGUAAUGGGUUCUCAGUGGAUCCAGUGGAUCUGCUCUCCAGGAACAUGGAGCUUAUUCUUCCUGCUGAUCACUCUCUCACUGCUAUAUGCAUACAGGUCCAAAAGUGUGCUCAGACGUUUAGGAAUUCCUGGACCAAAACCUCUUCCAGUCCUUGGAACCAUGUUCAGGUACACGAAGGGUUCUCAUGUUCUCGAUAUGGAGUGCUAUAGGAAGUACGGGAGAGUUUGGGGUCUGUAUGACGUAAGGCAGCCUGUGGUCUGUGUUAUGGACAAAGACCUCAUAAAAGCCGUGAUGAUUAAAGAGUGCUACUCCCUCUUCACCAACAGACGAGAUUUUCCUGUCCAUGGUGAGCUGUACGAUGCCUUGACCGUCGUGAAGGACGAUGACUGGAAGAGAAUCCGGAGCGUUCUCUCUCCAUCCUUCACCAGUGGAAGACUGAAGGAGAUGUUCGGGAUCAUGAAGAUGCACUCCAGUACUUUAUUAAAGAACCUGCAGAAGAUCGCAGGACAAGGAGGAACAGUGCAAGUGAAAGAGGUGUUUGGACCAUACACUAUGGACGUGGUGACCAGCACAGCCUUCAGCGUUGACAUCGACUCCCUCAACAACCCCAACGACCCUUUUGUGACCAACGUGAAGAAGCUCAGUCUGAACGUCUCCCCCCUGGUCUUCUUCAUCGCUGCGCUGUUUCCCUUCACCAUUCCCCUGCUGGAAAAAAUGAAUUUAUCGUUGUUUCCACCAUCGGUGACUAGUUUUUUUUUCGCCGUCCUGCAGAGGAUCAAGGCUGAACGACAGGACAAAAACUACAAGAGCCGAGUGGACUUCCUCCAGCUGAUGAUCGACUCUCAGAGAGCAGAUACAGGAGAAGAUGGUAAACAGACAAACAAAGGUCUGAGUGACCAUGAGAUCCUGUCCCAGGCCAUGGUGUUCAUCUUCGCUGGGUAUGAGACGAGCAGCAGCACGCUGUCCUUCUUCUUCUACAACCUGGCCACCAACCCGGAGGUACUGAAGAAACUUCAGGAGGAGGUCGACCGAACUUUCCCCAAUGAGGGUCCAGUUCAGUAUGAUGCCCUGAUGAACAUGGACUAUCUGGAUGCUGCUCUGAAUGAAUCGAUGAGGUUGUACGCUGUCUUUCCUCGGACUGAGAGACACUGCAAAAAAACUGUUGAGAUCUGCGGCAUCACCAUCCCUAAAGGAACCGUUGUGGUGGUUCCCAUUUAUGUCCUCCAUCGAGACCCUGAAUACUGGCCUGACCCAGACACCUUCAUCCCUGAGAGGUUCACUAAGGAGAAUAAGGAGAGUAUAGACCCCUACAUGUUCAUGCCUUUCGGUGCCGGACCCAGGAACUGUAUUGGAAUGAGGUUUGCUCUUCUGGUCAUGAAGCUGGCCAUCGUAGAGACGCUGCAGAGAUUCGACGUCAGCGUUUGUGAUGAAACUCAGGCUCCUCUGGAGCUAAGUGAAAGUUUUCUGCUGACUCCUACAAAACCCAUCACGCUCAAGUUCACCCCCCGAAAAGCAUCCCACUGCAGCAACACACAGAACGACAACUGAACUACAUCCAGGAGAACUUCAGUGUUUAAUAUAGACCUUUAAAUAAUUCAUUUUAAUUAAAAAGACAUCAGUUUCACUGUUUUUAUAUUAUACUAUAUAUACUGUAUAUUUUACUCCAGCCAGCUGCGAAGACCUCCAGACCUCGACACUAAUGAAGUUUCACUGAAUUUCAGUUUUCACUUGAAUUUCAUUGUUUUUGACACUUGUUACAGUAUUUUACAGUGUAGAAAUGAAUGAUGUCUGUAUGUAGUGAACACCUCACUCAUGUCGGACGAUUUUCCUAACAAGUUAAGAACUGCAGUUAUGAAGCCUCUCAUAAAAAAAAUCUAGAAGCAGCUCUACUGAUUUUUUUGACCUUUUAUUGAGAAGACUGUCUUCAAGCAAAUUACUGGCUUUCUGUCCUUAAAUAGCUGUCUAGAUAAAUUUCAGUCAGGUUUUCGGUCUGAUCAUAGUACUGAAACAGCUCUAAUUAAGGUUAUAUUACUACUUGAUCUCAGCGCCUCCUUUGAUGCCACUGACCAUAAAUUUCUCAUAGACAGACUUGAGAACUGGGCAGGGAACUGUCCUAAAAUGGUUCAGUUCAUACCUGCAAGGAAGAAACGUCUUUGUGUAAAUAGAAAAUAAUGUUUCUGAGAGAGUCCCAGUGACCUGUAGUGUCCCCCAGGGUUCAAUUCUUGGGCCAAUCUUAUGCAAUUUAUACAUGCUGCCUCUUGGCCAAAUACUACAAGACUAUGGGAGAUCUUACCACAGCUAUACAGAUGAUACUCGGAUCUACUCGGCCUUCCAACUAUGGUCCCCUUGACUCACUUAGUAGGUGUCUUGAGCUCAUCACUAACUGGAUGGAACAAAUGUUUAUGAGGUUGAAUAAAGAAAAAACUGAGAUUAUUUUAUUGAAGAAUAGCAAUGAGAGGCACAGACUAGCUGCCUAUCUGGAUUCAAGAGCCCUAAAAUCGAAAGAACUAGUAUGUAACCUUGGUUUACUGAUGGACUUUGAUCUCAGUUUUAUCAGUUGUGUCAAAGCAGUUACUAAAUCGGCUUUUUAUCACCUUUAGAACGUCACAAAAUCAGAGAUUUUCGGACUAAACCAGACCUGGAGAAACUCAUCCACGCCUUUAAAGAUUGAUUACUGUAAUGGUCAGGAUUGAUCACUGUAAUGGUCUCCAAACUGGACUCCCAGUAAAGACAAUCAAACAGCUUCAUCUGAUUCAUCUGGACACUUUAAAUCAGCCUGAAAACGAUCCUGUUAGAGCAGCUUUCAGCUCAGUUUAAACACUGUUAGUGUUUCUAGACCCUUUGUCCUCUAUAACGACACUUUAUUGUUCUAAUCUAACUUUAAUUUUUAAUUAGAUUUUUUAACUGUCCUAAAUUCUAAUUUGAAUUUUAGAUUUUGUGUAAUCAUGUUUUUAAUUUCUGUUGAAAGGUGCUGUGUGAAUAAACUGCCUUGUGUUUCCACUCAGUUUGAUCUUAAAUAUCACUAAUCACAGGCGAUGAUUUCAGGUGAUUAAGUGCCACAAUCUGUGGUUUGUAUGUUUUUAGAAAUGUUUUAAAGAACAUGCUUAUAUUAUACUUCUAAUAAAAUAAUUCUGAGGAAA